GCACGGCCUCGGUACCCGGCCACCCGGGGAGACAACUGUCCGCUCUAUAACCUCCGCCCAAUCACAUUACCGACGGUCGCCAUCUUUCAGCCCACCCCCGGGCCCGGUUUACUCCGCGGGGCACUCUGGGUAACCGGCCUCGUUCGCCGCCUCCCGCUUGACAGCGUCAACGCGCAGGCGCGGGACCCGUGAACUGACGUCACAAAGGCAACCUGCAUCACGUGACUUCGCUCCGCCUUCCGCCGCCUCCUGACGCAGCUCGUACUAGUGAGGUCACUGAUCGGGGGAGAUUCUUCCGGCACCAAAUUCUGAAAGUGACGUCACUGAUACCGUACACGUGUACAAAAUUAGGGUUCGAUGAGACAGUCCUCUGGUAGUAGAAAUGAUCAAAUUCUUCUUGAUUGUCAACAAGCAAGGACAGACAAGACUAUCCCGAUACUAUGAGCCUGUAGAGGUACAGAGAAGAACACUGCUGGAAUCUGAGGUCAUCAAACUUUGCCUUUCCCGUUCCAAAGAUCAGUGCUCCUUUAUAGAGUAUAAAGACUUCAAACUGGUCUAUCGUCAGUAUGCAGCUCUUUUCAUUGUGGUUGCAGUAGAUGAGUCUGAGAAUGAGAUGGCUGUUUUUGAACUUAUUCAUAAUUUUGUUGAAGUUUUGGACAAAUACUUUAGCCGAGUGAGUGAGCUGGAUAUCAUGUUUAAUCUCGACAAGGUGCACAUUAUUUUGGAUGAAAUGGUGUUAAAUGGCUGUGCUGUGGAGACAAAUAAAACCCGGAUUCUUGCUCCUCUACUUGUACUGGACAAAGUGGGAGACAGCUGAAGAGUACCUCUGUGCACGCCACCACAUGGGCACAGAUCAGAAU